AUGCCUGUUCCAGAUCCAGUCCCUGCCGAGGACCUCGGUAUCGACUAUAGUGACAUAGAAGCCAAAUAUUCGAUCUCGUAUGAAGAAGGGUUCGACAACGUCCUGGUUGUAGACGGUGUACCAAUCAUUGAUCGCUCUCGGGAAAGCCGUCUAUUUGCCAAGAUUAGCAAGGAAUUCGGUCGUAAAGGGGUUCCAAUCAAGGAGGGAGGAAUACAUAUGCCAUAUGAAGAGGGCAGUGGUAAAUCCAAAGGGUAUAUCUUUGUAGAAUUCGCUUCUCCCGAAGAGGCUUCAGAUGCAUUGGUAGCCAUGCAUCACUUUCCUUUUGAUGCAAAGCAUACGUUUUCUAUCAAUCGAUUCACAGAUAUCGAAAAAUAUGCGACACUGGACGAGACUUACGUUCCUCCGGCCGUCUCUAACUAUACAUCUCGUCCUCACAUGCGGUCUUGGCUUGCGGACCCGGCUGGACGCGACCAGUUCCUAACCUACGUGGGCGACGAAGUCCAGAUAUUUUGGAAUGCACGAACCGGACCUGACCCAGCAUUCACACGCCACAACUGGACAGACCUCUACGUCGCUUGGUCGCCGCAUGGGACAUACCUUACCACGCUCCACCGACAGGGCCUUCAAAUUUGGGGAGGCUCCGAAUGGGGCCUUGUUCGACGGAUUGCGCACCCACUCGCACGAUUGGUUGAUUUCUCACCUAACGAGAAAUAUCUAGUGACAUGGUCAAACGAACCCAUUGUGAUUCCUCCUGGUGCUCAACAAGGGCCCACAUUCUUUUCUCCAGAUGACGAGGGGAAUAACUUGGCUGUCUGGGAGGUUUCAACUGGACAUUUGUUGAGAACCUUUAGCAUAGAAGGAACGACGACGGUAGCAAGUGGCGAGAAGAAGCAGAUGACAUGGCCUCAACUCAAGUGGUCUGGAGAUGACCGUUAUGUUGCUCGCGUCAAUCCUGGACAGGCAAUUAGUGUCUACGAGGUUCCCAGCAUGCACAUGUUGGACAAGAAGAGUAUAAAGAUCGAUGGCGUUGUUGACUUUGAGUGGUGUCCCCCCAGCGAUGACGAAUUGUCCAAGAUUAGAGAGACUGAAAAGGAGGGCGACAGAGAUGCAACUGGUGAUGGGAAAAAGGGAAAGAGGAACGGAGUUGCCCGUGUUCGCGAAAACAUGCUCGCUUACUGGGUUCCCGAGGUCGCCAACCAGCCAGCCCGCGUAACCCUCCUUGCCAUUCCCAGCCGGACCCAGCUCAGGACCAAAAAUCUGUUCAGUGUAUCGGAAUGCAAAUUAUAUUGGCAAAAUCAAGACCAAGUGACUGAGUUUGCUUGGGAGCCUCGAGGGGAUCGCUUCGCUAUUCUCAGCAGCAGUGACCCCAACUUGGGCAACAUUGCGCCCGGUAUUACGAUCAAAAUGGAUGUGUCCUUCUUUCAGCUUGAGAAAGGGAAGAACUUCAAAUUGCUUAAACUCCUCAAGGAUAAAACAACAAACGCCAUUCGUUGGUCACCAAAAGGACGACACGUAGUCCUUGGUUCAAUUUUCCCAGUGACCAGAUUCGAACUUGAAUUUUACGACCUUGAGUUUACGAUUGAUCCGGAGCGCAUCAAUACACAUACGGCUGAGUGGGGAUCUCUGGUUCAACAUCUCGCGACCGCCGAACAUUAUGGUGUAACGGACGUUGAAUGGGACCCUUCGGGUCGAUACGUUGCAAGCUCAGCCUCUGUCUGGCGGCCAACCCCCGAGCACGGAUGGAGUUUGUGGGAUUUUCGUGGGCAGGAGCUGGUCAAGCAUCCUGCGGACAAGUUUAAGCAAUUUUUAUGGCGACCGCGACCCAAGACCCUGUUGACGAAGGCCCAGCAGAAAGAAUUACGCAAGAACCUCAAGGAAUAUUCAAGAGCGUUCGAUGAAGCCGACGCAGCAGAAGAAAGCCAUGCAGAUAAGGAGCUAGUGGCCCAGCGGCGUCGCCUUCUUGACGAGUGGAAUGCUUGGAGAAAGAAGGUACGUCCCGAAGUCCAGGAGCGUAUGGCACGUCUGGGAAGGAAGGCGAAAGGUGGGGAAGAUCGAGAAGAGGUAGAGGAAUGGCUCGAGGAAGUAAUUGAAGAGAUUAUUGAGGUGCUCCAGGGAUGA